GUUGGACCGCAAAGGUUGUUUCGUCCUCCUCUCUUCCCACUUCUCUCUGUGCCCUCGGAAAAAUCUUGUGUAACCGUCUGGGUGGUUUCGUUCUGUGUUUUGCUCGCCGUUUGAGAACUGUCGUGACCAUGGGCGAUGCGCCGGAGGCCCAGCAGGGCUUUAAUUUUGAUCCGACUUUGCCCCCGGGAAUGCCUGUGAUGGCCCCGAUUGACGGAUUGCCGGAUGCUCUGGAAGCGGAAGACGCAUCGGUGACGGAUGACAGCGCUUCCAUUGAUGAUCAGAUGUCCACAUAUACGGCGUCAUUAAGUGCUAUCACCUAUCCCGUCGAAUUUGGUCGGCGUUACCAUGCUUACCGCCACGGAGCGUACUAUUUGCCAAAUGAUGACGACGAAAUGGACCGUCUUGAUAUGACACACAACCUUACGCUCAAAAUGCUUGACGAACAACUCUAUUUAGCGCCGCUUCAGAAGCAAAACCUUCAUAAAAUCUUGGACAUAGGAACUGGAACGGGGAUCUGGGCUAUGGAGAUGGGUGACCUCUUUCCUAGUGCGGAGGUUUACGGUAAUGACUUGAGUGCUAUUCAGCCGGAUCUAGUUCCCCCAAACGUCAAGUUCGAGAUAGACGACGUCGAAAGUCCAUGGAUAGGCGAUCGGAAGUACGACUUCAUUUUCUGCCGCUACAUGAUCGGUUCAAUAGCCAACUACCCAAAACUAAUUAGGAAUAUCUACGACAACCUCAACCCAGGCGGCUGGGCCGAGUUCACAGAUAUGAGCGGAAAGUAUUACUCAGCCGACGGGACCCUGAGAGAAGACCACGUCACGUACAAAUGGAACUCCAUGCUCAUGGACACCAUCUCAGCCAUGGGCGGCGAGAGCCGCCCGGGUCCCCAGCUCGAGGGAUGGGUCCGCGAGGCGGCUGAUUUCCGGAACGUGGUGCACAAAAGGUUUAUCCUACCCAUUGGUCCUUGGCCAAAGGACCCGUACUAUCGAGAAUUGGGACUGAUCAAUUUGAUGCAAAUCUUGGAGGGGCUCGAGGGCUUCUCAAUGAGGACUUUUUGCGGUGUAUUGGGUUGGACUAAAGUCCAGGCAGAGAUUAUGCUUGCUCAGGUGCGGAAUGAGCUGAAGGCAGUUCAUAUGUUCCAUGCUCAGUUUGAUAUCCAUAACGUGGUGGCUCAGAAGCCGCUGGCCUUUUGAGAAAGUUCCUUAAAUAGUUGUUUGCGGAAGAUUGCCGUCCUCUCUAAAUGCCCUAUCCGAAGCGAGCCACCUCAAUGCCAGUUAUGCAUUCUCCUUAUGAUAGUGUGUAUGGCCGAGAAUGCGGCCCAAUGAGUUAGUUUUAGUGUUGAUAAUCAUCCCACCACCUACUAGAUAGCAUUAAUAUAUCCGUUUCUAGUCUUUUUCUAA